ACUAAUGAGACAUAAACAUAUCAAAGUUUCUAAAAAAGGAAAGUUUUAAAAUAUUUCCGUUGCCAAGUAUUGCAAACAUUUAUUUUAGAAUUUGUUAAGGGAGCGAAGUUCGAUAUUCAAUAUACUAUUACGUGAUUUGAAUUUUCGCGCCACAGGUCAUAUACCAAUUGUUUUGUAAUAUCCUUCUGAUAGGUACAGUCAUGCUUAUAAAUCGACCAAUCAAAUCUUUCCUUUUUGUAACCAAUCAACGGAUUUCUAAUAAUCACGUGAUACAUUUUGCGUUGAAGUUAGUAUAAUCUGCCAUUGAGUAAUUACUUAUUAAGUGAUAGAUAUAUAAAGAAUUUGUGCGAUUGAUUUAUAAAAAUGGAAAUAAUAAUAGACACAAAAGGAAGAACAGAUUUAAAGAACAAAAAUCGAUUAACAAAAACUGACGAUAACAUUUUGAGUAAACUUGAUAAUAAUGAAAAAGGAGCUUUAUGGAUGUCUGCCAAAGAUUUCUUACAACAGGCUGAAAGUAAUGAAACUAAAAUAAAGAAGUUUUCUCACAAUGAUAUUGAUUUAGAUCAGUUUGAGAAAGAUAUGGGUUGGAAAAAUAUGAGAAAGCAACUGCCACAGAAUAUUACCAAUGUAACAAUGUUAACUAAAGAAAUAGUACCAAUAGAUCAAAUACUUAAGAAAAGUGCUAUAAAACCUGGAUUCGAACGUUGUGAAAAUGUACCAUCCUUUAUAGAAAGUACAAGGCGUUUGCGUGUAAAGAAAAUAGCAGAACGAGAAAAGACUAAAGGCAGGGAUUGGUUUAAUUUACCAGCCACUGAACUUACUGAUGAGAUUAAACAUGAUCUUGAGAUAAUCCAAAUGAGAUCAGUAUUAGAUCCAAAACACUUUUACAAAAAGAAUGAUUUGAAAGUUUUACCUAAAUAUUUCCAAAUUGGUAAGGUAGUAGAUGCCCCUAUAGAUUAUUAUUCUAGUCGUCUUACUAAGAAAGAACGAAAGAAUACAAUUGUGGAAGAACUUAUGGCAGAUGCUGAAUUUGCAAAAUAUAAUAAACGCAAAUAUAAAGAAAUAAUUGAGGAAAAGAAUAAACGACAUUAUAAGGCACACAAACAUGCAAAACGAUUGAAAGGAAAAAAGAAAUAAUAAAUAAAAAAAAAUAUAUAUAUAUAUAUAUAUAUAUAUAUAUAUA